AUGAAAGGAUCCAAUCGCCGGAAUACUGCUUCCAUGAAAUCCCCGGAAGGUUCUGGAACAGGUCGGUUCCGGGCCGGAUUGUUCGACCUGGGUAAGAUGGCUGACCAAAUGAAUGCCAAUCCCGACAAAGCUAAUUUUGUUCUGCAGAAUGUUACACUAACUGCCAAAGCACAGUUACCCGGGACGAGUGAUCCGACGAUUGGAUCUUGCCGAAUCCUGGCGGAGCAAGCAUCGGACUUCGCCGGAUCCUAUGAGAAUUUCGGGGUUCCAAAAGCAACCCUAACAUUCUAA